CCUCCUUUUCUUUCUCCUCCACACACCGGAAAAUUUCCCGGAAAUGCGCAGAUGGGAAGGAGAUAAAUGCAGUGCAGGGAAAGAGGGAGAAAUCAUCCAUGCCCUUCUUAAAUGCGAGGUUUACGCCAUUGGUGUAAAGGAUGCAUAAAAGGAAAACGGCCUACCAGAACUGAACUGCUCAGCCCUUUUCUUUUCUUUUCUGUUUCCUCUGCGUUUUUGCACUCUGUUUCUUCUUCUCCUUGAAACGCAUAAUAAAUGCAGAACGGGUUGUUUCUCUUGAGGCAUUCUUGUGUGUUUGUUCACUCUGUGUAGCUUUCAGGAGAUUGGAAUGUAUCUGUACUUUGUCUCCAUCCGCAGUUUCAGAAGAAAACAGGUCAUUUGUUCUUGGUGUUCUUGGUGAGAUAGGCAGAGUCUGUUUGUUCUUUGGGAGUUGCUUGUCAUGGGUAAUUGCUGGUUUAAAGGGAAUCCAUACUUUAACAGGGUUUCCUCCAACGCAGCAAAAUCAGCUGGAUCUCCGAAGCUGAGGAGCCCGUCGGAGAGAACGGAGAAGGAGGAAGAGGGCCCGCUGCCGUCGAACCCGAAGGAGGUGGAGGCGCUGCGGCGCCGGGACGCGGCCCGGAAGAACCCGCUGAUCGCGUUCACGUUCCAGGAGCUCAAGGCGAUCACGUGCAACUUCCGGCGGGACUCACUGCUGGGCGGUGGCGGCUUCGGCAGGGUCUACAAAGGCCACGUCACCGGCGACCUCCGGGAAGGAUUACCGGCGGCGCUCGGGGAGGAGCCGCUGCCGAUGCAAGUCGCCGUCAAGGUCCACGACGGCGACAACAGCUACCAGGGCCACAGAGAGUGGCUGGCUGAGGUGAUCUUUCUCGGGCAGCUGUCGCACCCGAAUCUGGUGAAGCUGGUCGGGUAUUGCUGCGAAGAUGAUCACCGGGUCCUCGUUUACGAGUACAUGCCCCUCGGAAGCGUGGAAUCGCACCUGUUUUCGAGGGUGAUGUUGCCGCUGCCAUGGUCCACGAGAAUGAAGAUCGCACUGGGUGCAGCCAGGGGGCUCGCCUUCCUGCACGAAGCCGAGAGGCCAGUGAUCUACAGGGAUUUCAAGACAUCAAACAUCUUGUUAGACGAGGAGUUCAACGCCAAGCUCUCCGACUUCGGGCUGGCGAAAGACGGGCCGGCGGGCGACAAGUCGCACGUGUCCACCCGCAUCAUGGGCACCUACGGCUAUGCGGCGCCGGAGUACAUCACGACGGGGCACCUGACGGCGAUGAGCGACGUGUACAGCUACGGGGUGGUGCUGCUGGAGCUGCUGACGGGGCGCAAGUCGCUGGACAGGUCGAGGCCCGUCAGGGAGCAGGCGCUGGCGGACUGGGCGCUGCCGCUGCUGGCGCAGAGGAGGAAGGUGCUGGGCAUCGUCGACCCCAGGCUGAACGCCGACGACGGCUACUCGGUCAAGGCCGUGCACAAGACGGCCAUGCUCGCCUACCACUGCCUCAGCCGCAACCCCAAGGCUAGGCCGCUCAUGCGGGACGUUGUGGCUACCCUCGAGCCCUUGCAAGAGGAACAGGUGGAUCGGCUGGAGCUGGCGAACUCCGGCGGUGGUGGUUGCGGCGGUGUGGGUGGUGGUGGGAGUUAGAAGUGUCCGGUGUUCCGAUCCUUUCACCUUGGCUUGUUCGGUUGCGUGCAAAUCCCCAUGGAUUGAGAGGGUUUAGAGGGGAUUGAGGGGAAAAUGAACUAAAAUCUUCCUUAAUUCCUGCCAUUCACCCUGGAUUGAAUGGGCUGGGGCAUGAACGAACUGGCCCUUAAUUGGUGAAAUGUAUGUUGCUAGUACUACCUGCAUAUAUUGACAGGCGUGUAUGAAUUAUAGCAGCUAACCAGCUACUGCAAUUGGUCUCGAUGGAUGUGAACAAAAAUGUUUUGGAAAGUUGUUUUUUGUUUAGCAUGAUUUUUUAAA